UGGCUAUACUUGUGUAUGCGCAAGCGUUGCGCUGAAGUGGCCGCACGAAGGCAAACAAAGCACUUCCUCGAAGUCGCUGCUCAUAUGACUUCAGCUAUGGGAGUGAUGUCUACUGUAAUUCUUGCUCUCUUUUUUUCAAUAAUAUGUUGUUCCUUGACAGAAAAGCUAUCAAAUGCGUCAUCUCCAAACAUAAUCAUCAUGCUCAUGGAUGACAUGGGUUGGGGGGACUUGGGGGUGUUGGGCCAGCCCUCUAAGGAGACACCCAACCUUGAUGCCAUGGCUGCUCAGGGCAUGCUGCUUCCAAAUUUCUACACUGCCAACCCGCUCUGUUCCCCAUCCAGAGCUGCUCUUCUCACCGGGAGGCUGCCAGUCCGAAAUGGUUUCUACACAACGAACGGCCACGCCAGAAACGCAUACACACCUCAGGAGAUAGUGGGAGGAAUAUCUAAGGACGAGAUUUUGUUACCCCAGAUGCUGAAGAAAAAGGGCUAUGUCAGCAAGAUAGUUGGCAAGUGGCAUCUUGGCCACAGACCGCAGUACCUACCUCUGGAGAAUGGUUUUGAUGAAUGGUUUGGUGCACCAGACUGCCACUUUGGCCCUUACAACAACAGCAUCAGACCCAACAUCCCCGUCUACAACAACUCUGAGAUGCUUGGCAGAUACUAUGAGGAGUUUAAGAUUGACAGGAAGACUGGAGAGUCCAACCUCACACAGAUGUACCUGCUGGAAGGUAUUAACUUCAUAAGACGUCAGACCGUGGCCCAGCGGCCCUUCUUCCUCUACUGGGUGCCCGACGCCACUCACGCCCCUGUCUAUGCCUCCAAACCCUUCCUGGAGCAGAGCCAGCGAGGCCGGUACGGUGAUGCAGUAAUGGAGCUGGACUACAGCGUUGGUAAUAUCUUGUCGUGGCUGAAGAGACUGGGCAUUGAAAAUGAUACGUUUGUCUUCUUCACCUCAGACAAUGGAGCAGCCCUAAUGUCUGGACCAAAUGAAGCCGGGAGCAAUGGGCCGUUCCUCUGUGGGAAAGAGACCACCUUUGAAGGGGGCAUGAGGGAGCCAGCCAUUGCCUGGUGGCCUGGACACAUCAAAGCAGGCACAGUGAAUUUCCAGUUGGCCAGUGUGAUGGACCUGUUCACCACUAGUCUGGCUCUGGCGGGCCUUAGCCCUCCUGAUGACAGAGCCCUGGAUGGACUGGACCUAACACCGGUCCUCCUAAACCGACCACACAAACAGGGAAAGAGGCCGAUUUUCUAUUACCGUGGCAAUGAGCUGAUGGCUGUGCGGCUUGGACAAUACAAGGCACACUACUGGACCUGGAGCAACUCAUUAGAAGAGUUUGAAAAGGGCAUCAAUUUCUGUCCUGGUGAAGAGGUCCCUGGUGUGACUACUCAUGACCAGAAGGAGCACACAAUGCAGCCAAUCAUUUUCCACCUAGGGCGGGAUCCUGGGGAAAAGUUCCCUAUCAGUGUUUCGACUAAUGAGUACCAGAAUGUGCUGAGCAGGAUCAAUCCUGUUGUGGAGCAGCACAAGAAGACACUGGUGCCCGGUGUUCCCCAGCUCAACAUGUGUGACGUGGCGGUGAUGAAUUGGGCCCCCGCUGGCUGUGAGAAGUUAGGAAAGUGUCUCAAAGUGCCAAAGUCUCAGCCCUGGAAGUGUGACUGGCCACAUUGAGAGGAUGAGGAACCAAAACCUGAAGAUCUGCCUUUCUAAUCAACAGACAACCUUAUUCUUUUGUAAAAUGAUUCAUGCACAGUUAAGGAGAUGGACAUGGGGUCAAAUCAGGCGAAGUUUGUUGGUCUGACAUUGUAUGGAUUAUGCAAAUAGAUUUUUUUCAAUGAGUGCACAAAUGUUGUAACUGCUCUGGAGAAGCACUGCAAAAAGAGCCAAUGAUUGAAGUAUGGACAAAUGAAUUAGGAAGUUGGAGAUUUGUAUUUUUUUUUGUAUCAUGCCUAAUGUAAUGUUCACCAUGUUGGGUUGUUGGUUUAAAUAUUAUCAUUGUUACUUGCGUACUGAAAAAAAAAGGUGUUUAAUAAAAGGUUAUUUUUUUUA